UCUUGUGCCACAGAUAAACAUGAACAACUUGCUACAGAAGACAACCCAGUCCAUCUUUUCCACCUUUAGCUUUCCGCUGUAGAUUGAACCCCAUCACCUCAUGGAGAAGGGCAAAGUAGCCACAGAAAUGGUUCAUUACAGCAGAGACCAGUCUUCUUACAGAUGAAGCUGAGUCGCCAUUACAGCAGAGGAAAUGAUGGGGAGGAGAUGGGAAGGAAGUGGGCAGUGGGUUGGUCCUUUUCACUGAAAGCCAGGGAAUCGUUUCUGCAGCUUUGUGGCUUCUUUUCUCUGGCAGAUGGAAUCUCCAAUCUCACAUUGUUUGCACCCCAUACGCUGCCAUGAUUCCUGGGUAACGUUGAUGCGCCCACCAUUUCCCUAUCUUUUCUCUCAAUCAUACCAACAAAGCUGAUGGCUGCCACCGCAAGUUCCUUCGGUUGUGCUUGUCAGCUACGACAUGAUCACCUCUCGUCCCACGUCCCCUUAAAGUCAGCUGCCUGUUCUUAGGAUGCGAAGAUGCUGUAGCUUCUAAUCGUUUCCGAUCGAAGAAUCUGUGUUUGUUUGGAGGAAGUUUGGAAGAAUGGCCGGCGAGGAGGAACUGUUAGCUUCCUAUCCCAUGUAUUUUGGAGUUUCUUGCGCUUUCGUUGCUAUCGAUCUUAUGUCGAGGAGGAGAUGUCUCGAUGUGGAGAGCAGCCGGCGUUCUCGCUUAGGGGAAAUGAUGCUCAAGGGGAGUGCUCAGCUGCUGGGUUUGCUUGUGGAGAGAGCUCAAAGCAGGGGAGGGGCUCGGGAGAUGAAGCUAAAGAAAGCUGAAUUGGAGCUCGAUGAGCUGAAGCGGAGAAGAACCGAGGACGCCAAGGCCAAUGAGAAAGUCGUCGCCAUCUUCGCUGCCCAUGAACAGAGAUGGAUUGCGGAAAGGAAGAGUCUGAGGCUUCAGAUCCAAGCUCUGGUCAAGGAGCUGCAGAUCAUGAAGUCAAAGCACGAAGACGCCAUUUCGAAUUUGGAGAAGAGGCUCGAGGAGGAUGAGCGAGUGAUGCUACUCAAGGACGAGGCCUUGGAGCAGGAGCAGAAGAAGAGGAAGGAGAUGGAAGAAAAGCUACAACUGGCGGAAGAGGUGGCCGAGGCGGUGACGGAGAGGGCGAAGCAGGAGGCGCAGGAUCACUCUGCAGAGCUCUGGAAGCACAAGACGGCGUUCGUGGAGCUCGUCUCGAGUCAACGACAAAUGGAAGCCGAGAUGGGCCGUGCCCUCCGGCAAGCGGAAGCAGCGAAGCAGGAGCUUGAGGAGGUACUCGAACGGAAGCAAGAAGUUGCUGCCAUGGUCGACAGGCUAUCGCGGGAGAUGGUAAAGAUGCAGAAGGAUUCCGAGCAAAAGGAUAAGAUCUUAUCCGCAAUGCUGAGGAAAUCCAAGCUUGACGCAGCAGAGAAGCAGCGGCUUCUGAAGGAGGUGAAGUUGUCCAAGGCCAAGAAGAAGCAAGCCGAGCUGGAGAUGGAGAGGUGGAGGAACAUGUGGGAAUCAAAGCACAAGAAGAGCUCGAGGGACCUCCAUUCCGUGGAUGUGGGAUCUUCCCAGAUUCGAAGACUAGAAUUGCCGCUGGAAACCAGUGGGCAUAACCCCAAGAACCUCCUCCUUGAUUGCUUUGCAGCUGAAGGCAAGAAAGAACAAGACUCUUCCACAACAAUUGAGGAUGACAACGGCACAGCUGCUGGAUGCUAUGAUCACUACUCCAGUGAUGAAGCCGAUGAGCCUGGCAUGGAUGACUUGCAACGAUUGCAAGAUUGGAUCCGCAGGGAAACCGAGAAAUAUGCAACCAUCCUUGAGCAGAAGCACUACGCAGAGAUCGAUGCAUUCGCAGAACAGAUGAGGCAGAAGGACGAGAAGCUCGAAGCUUUUCGCUGGCGGGUGCUGAGCAUGGAGCUUGAGACGAAGCAGCUUAAAUCCCACAUUGAAGGGCUCGAUGGUAACUUAUUCCACUUGAGGGAGGAAAACAUCAGAUUGGAAGCCAUGUUGCUGGAUAAGGAACGGGAGAUCAAGUCACUGAAGGAGGAAGUCAACUUCCAUGUCCGAAAUGUCGAGCGGAACAGCUCGAGCUUUCUUCCAUGUCCUGAGGCUUGUCUAUCUCAGUCUCUUUGGCCAGAAGUCAAGAUCACAAACAAGAGACCAACAGAGAAGGCGGAGAAGGAUGAUCAAAAUGAUACAGAGGACACGACAGUGAUGCAGUCGGGAUCACGUAGUGAGAGAGAAGUUUUGCUCGAAGAAAGCGGAUCCAUCGAUGUUGAUGAUACAGAUUCAGCUGAGUCACCAUCACCAACCAGUAAUCUUCAGGACCGUAUCGAUAGAACAGUGAGUCUCUCUGAAGACCAGGCAAACAACAUCUCGGUGACCUCCAGUUCUGCGAACAGAGAGAUCGAAAAGGAGGAGGUGAACUUGGCGCGGGGCAAUGCUCAAGAAUCAAAUGGCCUCCGAAAAGGCUGUGCUGAAACUGCAGGUGUGAUGAAGAACACUUCAUGGAAGAUGGACAUCCAAGCUCUUGCUAUCUCCUACAAGAUCAAAAGGCUAAAACAGCAGCUAGUUGUGCUCGAAAAGUUGGUUGGUUCACAAGCAAACAAAGAUGAUGCAUCAAGCACACCUGACGGAUCUAAUUACGAGAAGAGGGAUGAGCACAGGCAGCAGCUCAAGGGGCUCCUGCUACUGAAAUCUAUACUCCACAAGCAACUGAAGAGAUAUCAGUCUCUGGAAGAGAAGACCGACGACCUGUGCAGGAGAAUGCACGAGAACUAUCGAUCGGGAAGCAGAAGAGAGUCGCAGAAUGGCAGGACAAAUGAACAAACGGUGACACUGCGGCGAUUCCUCGAAGAGACAUUUCAGCUGCAGAGGUACAUGGUGGCAACAGGACAGAAGCUGAUGGAGAUGCAGACGAGGAUCGCAUCUACCUUCUCCGGUGCUGUCAUGCUUGACGAGUCGGUAAAGUUCAACAUGGGGCAGUUCUCAGACAUCGUUAGAACUCUUUUCCGGGAGAUACAGAGAGGUCUGGAGGUGCGAAUAGCUCGAGUUAUUGGAGACCUCGAAGGAACACUAGCUUGUGAUGGAAUUCUUCACAGGUGGAGCUGUGGACAUGUGGUAUGAUAGAUGAUCCCAGAGAAAUGCAAAUGUAAUCUCUUCCCCGCUUGGAUGCUUGAUGUAAGAAAAAGGAUCUUAGAAACAGUUUGAUGCUUACAUGUUUGCAGCCAUUGCCCAA